AUGUUCCAAGGGCAGCGGGUGCUGACGACAGUGGCGUCACUUGUCGGCAAUCCCGGGCGGAAGCUGACAUUUGGACUUCUGCGUAAGCUGGACGAUGAGUUGAAUGGAAGGUGGGUCAUCGAAGAUCUUCACAAGGUCAUGCCAGUUCAGUUGGCAGUGCAGGCGUCUGCUCAUUUCGUGACCGAUGCCUCCUUCAUCCUGGCGGAGGGUGAGAUCCAGGGAAGCAUCUUCAAAAUCGACGGCCUGCUACAAGUCGAAGCAAUCACGCGGGAGGCGAGCCUCAAGGAGGAGGUGCCGCGCCAGAUUUUUGGCGGAAAUGCCACGGACGAUCAGCUGAAGAAGCUGGAGAAGCAAUACGAGCCGAUCAACUCUGAUGGCAUGUUCGUGGUCUUGUCAGAGGUUCAUUUGGACAGCGCGCCGGUUUUGGACAUGCUCGAGACCAUGUUCCAAGGCUACGAGCAAGCCGGUCCGCCCGCAGCUUACAUCUUCAUGGGCAACUUCAGCUCUCGCCCCUUUGUGCCCACAGCCGAGGGUGUGCGGCAUUAUCGUGAAGGAUUCGAGCGGUUGAAGUUUAUGAUGCACGGGCUUGAAGCUCACGUGGCAAGCGGUACCCGUUUCAUCUUCAUUCCUGGGCCGAAGGAUCCCGGGGCGCAGACCUUGCCAAGGGCCCCGCUGCCGCAGUACUUGACUGCAAACUUUGCAAAGGAGAUUCCCGGAGUUGUCAUGGCCACAAAUCCUUGCCGAGUGAGGCACUACAGCCGCGAGAUUGUCUGCUUCCGCCACGAUGUCCUGCGCUUGCUGCGGCGGCAUGAGGCAGUGCCUUUGCUGUCCUCAGAGUCGCAGGUACAGGGCUUUGACGACCUUCGGUAUACGCAGGCGGCACGCUUCAUCUUGGACCAGGCACACCUUGUCCCCCUGCCUUUGGAAGAGAGCAACAUCUUGUGGGAGUAUGACCACACGAUGUGGCUCUACCCGCUGCCGCAUGCAGUCUUCAUUGGAGGUUCAACACCUCCAUUCGAGUGCAGCUACAAGGACUGCAAGUUCACCAGCGUGGGACCUUUCAACGCAGGCAGCUUCUAUGCCUACUACCCGGUCAAGGACGAACUGCAAAUAUGCGAUGUGCCAGACCGGGCAGGUUGA